AUGACCUCUUCUAUUGAAUUAUUUAUCAAUAAUAUAUCAUUGCCUUCUACCAUUUACAAAGAUGAUUGUGCGUAUUGCUAUAGAUCAAUGUAUAACGAUGUUAAAGAGAAAAAAGAAAAUUUAAGUUUGUGUUUACAUUGUUUCCAAAGUUUCUGUGGUUCUCACGUUUCAUUCCAUCAUGAUAAAGUUAUCCCAGAGCAUAAAAACUAUUUGGAGCUUGCAAAAUUCAAAAAAUCAGAAAAAGAGUUGGAAGAUCGGGAACUUGACCAAGAAGAUGAAACAGGCUCUUUUAAUAAAAAAAUAAAGUUAGAGAUUAAAGAAUCAUUAACUGAAGAUCAACUUUACGACACAAAAUGGUCAGUUUAUGAAUUGAAUUCUAAUGCAGGCGGUAAUAUUACUAAAAAUUAUUUUAGUUGCAUUACUAAUGAAUCAUGUAACAAUGAGGACGUGAAGCACAAAAUUAAUGCCUUGUUGACUGCAAAAUCCUCAUCCUUUCAAGAAAUGAGUGAUGGGUGGACUCAAGAAUUCAAAACUUGUUCUCAUAUAAGGGAAAUCGAGGACUAUUAUAGGACUACUUACAACAACGAAACAAACGAAAAAUCACACAAAUUGUUGUCCACAUUUAAAUGCUCUGACUGUGAUUUGAACGAUAAUUUGUGGGUAUGUUUAACUUGUGGUAAUAUAGGAUGUGGAAGGCAACAAAUUGGUCUUGAAGGUCAUUCACAUGCUUUGAAACAUAACGAAGUUAGUAGACAUCCGGUGGCAAUGAAAUUAGGAUCACUAUCAGAAAAUACAAGAGAUAUUUAUUGUUACUCGUGUGAUGAUGAGGUUAAAUUUAGUGAUAGUUUUGUUAAUAAUAAAAAGGAAUUUUCUGAAUAUUGCUUGAAAGUAUUAGGUAUAGAUUUAAAUGUUUUCAAACCCACUGAAAAAUCCCUUGUCGAAUUAAAUGUUGAACAGAAUAUGAAUUGGGACUUCCAAAUGAAGGAUUCAGAAGGUAACGACUUGACUCAAUUGGAAAGUGAUACAACAGUUGGAUGUGGAUUAAUUAAUUUAGGCAACUCAUGCUAUUUAAACUCAGUUAUUCAAUGCCUAUUCAAUGGCGGUGUCCAUAAGGACUGGAAAUUAGGAAUUAACGAAUUUCCACCUGAUGUUGUUUUUGCAAACACUAAUUUUAAAUGUCAGGUUUUAAAACUAUGGAACGCUUUGAAUCUAACUCCAAGUUUGUACCCACGCGGUGUAAAACCUACAUUAUUUAAAAAAGUUGUUGGUGGUUCACACGAAGAAUUCAGCUCAGGCAGACAACAAGACGCCAUGGAAUAUUUUACAUAUUUAAUUGAUACGUUGGAUAAAAAAUUGUAUCGAUCAUUAGAUACAUUCUCACCUAACGAUAUUUUUAGAUUUAAAACUCAAGACAAAUUAAAAUGCACCAAAUGUUUAUCUGUCAAGUUACUUGAUGAAUUGCAAGAAUGUGUUCAAGUUCCAUUACAAGAAAAUGUCGAUAAACAGGAUUUAUCAUCAAGGUUGGACGAAGUUUUUUCGAGCAAUGAUUUGAAUGAUUUUACAUGUUCAAAAUGUAAGGGAAAUAAUUGUAUUAUUAAAAAAACCUACGUGGCAACAUUUCCUAAAACUUUAGUUGUAAACCCAACCAGAAUUAAAUUGGUUGAUUGGCAACCCGUUAAAACCAGUAGUGAGUUGGAAAUCCCGGAAGUAAUUGAUUUGUCAAAAUAUAGAAUACAACCGUUAUCAGCCAAUGAAACUUUAAUCGAUGAUGAUGAUGAUGAGGAUGAUCAAGAUGCUAGUUUUACUCCAAAUUUUGAAGUUUUAAAUAAUUUAAAAGAGAUGGGGUUUUCUGAAAAUGCCUGUUUGAGAGCAUUAUUUAACACAAAUAAUACUAAUGAUUCGGAAACCAUUGUUAAUUGGCUAUUUCAACAUGUAGAAGAUUCUGAUUUAAAUGAACCAUUUGAGGUCCCCAAGAAAAAUAGUAAGACAGUUCUUACCGGAAUUGAUGAAAUUUCCCUAAACAAUAUGAUUUCCAUGGGAUUGCCUCUCAAACUAUGUCAAAAGGCAUUGAUUGUAAAUAAUGGCAAUGUUAACAAUGCAGUGGAGUGGGUUUUUAAUAAUAUGGAUGAUGAUGGUGAAUUACAGGAAGUGGUAAAUGAACAACAGUCAAAGACACAAAGAGAUUUUGGGGAUAAAGAUCCCAAUAACUCUGUAUAUAAAUUAAAGGGCGUCAUUUGUCAUAAGGGUAACUCUGUUCAUUCUGGACAUUAUGUAGCAUUCAUUAGAAGGUGUUUUAAAGAUGAAAAAGAAAAAUGGGUAUUGUAUAAUGAUGAAAAGAUCGUGAUUGCUGAUGAUCCAGUUAAUUUUGAAGAAAUUAAAAAAAAUGGUUACAUAUUUUUUUACAACAGGGAUUAA